GGCCAAGCGGUAAACACAGCUUGACAAGUUACAAUUCAAGGAAUUCUUCAAAGAUGAACAAAUCUUUGGCAUUGCUGACCCUGUGCCUGGCCAGCGUUUUGGCUGGAAAGGUGGGGCAACAGCAGUUGGGACCACAACGACAUUUGGUCUGCUUCUAUGACUCGUCGAGUUUCGUCAAGGAAGGUCUCGGCAAACUGGUGAUCGAUGAGUUGGAGCCUGCUCUACAGUUCUGUGACUAUCUGAUCUAUGGCUAUGCGGGUCUCGAACGUAGUUCGCACAAGGCUGUGAGUCUCAAUGAGCAGCUGGAUCUGGAUCUGGGCAAGGGACUGUACCGUACCGUGACCCGCUUGAAGCGCAAGUAUCCAAAUCUGCGUAUUCUCUUGAGCGUGGGCGGAGACAAGGAUAUUGAGACGAGCGAGAAUGCCAAGGAUUUGCCCAACAAAUACCUGGAACUGUUGGAGAGUCCCACAGGUCGCACACGCUUCGUGAACACCGCCUAUUCACUUGUGAAGACCUACGGAUUUGAUGGCUUAGAUAUUGCUUGGCAGUUCCCCAAGAAUAAGCCCAAGAAGGUUCACAGCGGAAUAGGCAGCAUAUGGAAGGGUUUCAAGAAGGUCUUCAGCGGUGACUCUAUUGUGGAUGAGCACGCCGUAGACCACAAGGAACAGUUCACCUCGUUGCUCCGUGAUGUGAAGAACGCCUUCCGUCCGGACAAUCUGCUGCUCUCCACGACAGUUCUGCCCAAUGUGAACGCAUCCCUUUUCUUCGAUGUGCCUGCUGUGAUCAACUAUCUGGACUUUGUCAACAUCGCCGCCUUUGACUUUUACACCCCGCAACGCAAUCCGGAGCUGGCUGAUUAUUCUGCUCCCCUAUAUGAGCUGAGUGAACGCAAUCCCGAGUUCAAUGUCGAUGCCCAGGUCAAGUAUUGGCUGCGAAACAGUUGCCCAGCUAGCAAGAUAAAUGUGGGCGUGGCCAGCUAUGGUCGUCCCUGGAAAAUGACAGAUGAUUCUGGUGAAACAGGAGUGCCACCUGUGUCUAAGGUGGUGGAUGAGGCACCUGUUGGUGGAAACACCCAGUUGCAUGGCAUCUACAGCUGGCCCGAGACCUGUGCCCUGCUUCCCAAUCAGAAUAAUGCCUACGCCAAAGGUGCCAAUGCUCCACUGACAAGAGUCACAGAUCCCGCCAAGAGAUACGGCAACUAUGCUUAUCGUGCCGCUGAUAAGAAGGGCGACAACGGCAUCUGGAUCAGCUAUGAGGACCCCGACACCGCUGCCGACAAGGCUGGCUACGUUCGCAACAACAAUCUGGGCGGUGUUGCCCUUUUCGACCUGUCCUACGAUGACUUCCGUGGACUCUGCACUAGUGACAAAUAUCCCAUUCUGCGGGCUAUCAAAUAUCGCCUGUCUAACUAGAAUUUCCAGAAAAUAUCAUUUUUAAUAAUGUCCCAUGUCUGAAAGUGUUGUCAAUCAAUUAACGAAUAAUAAAAUAUGUGCUCAGCCGGGAAAAUUCCUACAGCA